GCCGCCCGUUCAUUGCGCUGUGAAUGCUUUAUUGAUUUUAGUGGCAGCGAAAAACACGGCUGCAGAUUUUCACUGCAGUGAGAAUAAAAAGUACUCGACCUCAAUAAAUAGUUUUAUAAACGAAGAAAUAUUGUAAAAUUUCAACGAAAGUUAACAAGCUGCGCUUAAGAUUGUGUAAAAAUGUGUAAAAUGUUGAAUUUUGUAAAUUUUAUAAUAUGUAUUGCCACAUUCAGUCAAACCAUGGAUCCUUGUUUGACCAUUAAACGUGGACCGCAUCAUCCACGUAGUGAACCAUCAAGAACACGUAAAGUAGAUCAGCAUUUGACGCACGAAGAACACCACAUUGAUGAUGACCUAAAGGAUAUGGGCAUAAAUGUGAAUUUGGAAGAUAUGUCUGAUGAGGAAAAGAAUUUUUACUAUUUCAAGAUUCAUGACAGCGACAAUAACAACGCCCUGGAUGGGCUUGAGAUGCUCCAAGCGGCUAUACAUCAGGAUGAACACUUUAAAAAAGUGGAUCGCGACAAUUUCCUCCACAAUGCCACCGAGGAAUUGAAUCAUAUCAUUGAGGUUAUUGAUGAGUUCCUGCAAAUUGCGGAUGCUAAUAAGGAUGGCUUUCUGCAUUAUCCAGAGUAUGUGAAGGCGGUCACUGGUGCACCAGAGGAUCAAUAGAAGUAAACUUGUGUGAGCAAAAAAAAAAAUGCAAAUAGUUAUAGUAAAUAAGAAAAAAUAUAAAUCAAAAACGCCACGAGAGAUAAAUAUCAGGUAGGGCUAGGAAAAUUAGUUCAACGUUAUAAAUAAAAAAGUAAAUUAUUUAAUGUUAUGCCAAAAGAAGAGAGAUAAC